AUGCGGCCGGGUCGGGGAUUGGGGCUGCCACCGCUUUUGGCGGCUGCCGCCGUGCUGAUGCUCGUGCUAGGCGGUGGCGCCCAGGUGCGCGGCUCAGAAGACAUCGUCGUGGGCUGCGGGGGCUUCGUCAAGUCCGAGGUGGAGAUCAACUACUCCCUUAUCGAGAUUAAGUUAUAUACCAAGCAUGGAACUUUGAAAUACCAAACAGACUGUGCUCCAAACAAUGGUUACUUUAUGAUUCCUCUCUAUGACAAGGGGGAUUUCAUUCUCAAAAUUGAGCCUCCCCUAGGGUGGAGUUUUGAACCAACAACUGUGGACCUUCACGUUGAUGGUAUUAAUGAUAUCUGCACAAAAGGAGGUGAUAUCAACUUUGUAUUCACAGGGUUUUCUGUGAAUGGAAAGGUACUCAGUAAAGGGCAGACUUUAGGACCUGCUGGAGUUCAAGUUAUGUUAAAAAGCAUUGGGAAUGAAGCUCAUAUACAGUCUACUGUGACUCAGCCUGGUGGAAAGUUUGCAUUUUUUAAAGUUCUUCCUGGAGAGUAUGAAAUAUUUGCAUCUCAUCCAACCUGGACAUUGAGAGAAGCUAGCACUACUGUUCGAGUAACUAAUGCCAAUGCUUAUGCUGCUGGUCCUCUAGUAGUUGCUGGUUAUAAUGUUUCUGGUUCUGUUCGAAGUGAUGGGGAACCUAUGAAAGGUGUUAAAUUUCUCCUCUUUUCUUCUUCAGUAGCCAGAGAGGAUAUAUUGGGCUGUAAUAGUUCUCCAGUUGAUGGGUUCCAGCCUCAGGAUGAGAAACUGAUAUUUUUGUGUAGUGUUAUCUCAAAAGAAGAUGGCUCCUUCUCCUUCUUUUCAUUGCCAAGUGGGAGAUACACUGUGGUUCCAUUCUAUAGAGGAGAGAGGAUUACUUUUGAUGUUGCUCCUUCUAGGCUGGACUUUACUGUUGAGCAUGAUAGCUUAAAAAUUGAGCCUGUUUUCCAUGUCAUGGGCUUCUCAGUCACUGGCAGAGUUUUGAAUGGUCCAGAGGGAGAGGGGGUCUCAGAUGCCAUUGUCAUACUGAAUAAUCAAAUCAAAGUAAAAACAAAAGGUGAUGGUUCUUUCCGCUUGGAGAACAUAACCACAGGAACAUACACAAUUCAUGCUCAGAAGGAGCAUCUCUACUUUGAUCCUCUUACAGUCAAAAUUGCACCAAAUACUCCUCAGCUGGCUGACAUCAUAGCCACAGGGUUCAGUGUCUGUGGUUACAUAUCUAUAACUCGCUUUCCUGACACAAUAAAGCAGAUCAAUAAAUACAAAGUUGUUAUGACCUCCCAUGGAAGGGAAAAGUCUUUGAUCACAGCAGAGACUGAUUCACGAGGAGAAUUUUGUUUCAAAGCAAAAUCAGGGAACUAUAAAGUCCAGGUUGUUGUUCCUGAGGCAGAAACCAGAGCAGGACUUUCUUUGAAGCCCAAAAUAUUUCCUGUUAUUGUUACCAACAGGCCAGUGAUGGAUGUGACUUUUUCCCAGUUUUUGGCCUCAGUUUCAGGGAAAGUCUCUUGUUUGGAUACCUGUGGUGAUUUGCUGGUGACUUUACAGUCAAUAAGCCGUCAGGGGGAAAAGCGCAGUCUACAACUUUCUGGCAAGGUCAACUCGAUGACUUUUACUUUUGAUAAUGUGCUUCCUGGCAGAUACAAAAUAAGUAUCAUGCAUGAAGAUUGGUGCUGGAAAAAUAAAAGUCUAGAAGUGGAAGUUACAGAAGAGGAUGCAUCAGGGAUUGAAUUUAGGCAGACUGGUUAUAUGCUAAGAUGUUCACUUUCUCAUGCAAUUACGCUGGAAUUCUAUCAGGAUGGAAAUGGGCCUGAGAAUGUAGGAAUUUAUAACCUAUCCAAAGGAGUGAACCGAUUCUGCUUGUCAAAGCCUGGUGUAUACAAAGUGACCCCACGAUCUUGUCAUCGGUUUGAGCAUGGAUAUUACACUUAUGACACGUCUUCACCCAGUAUCCUGACACUAACAGCUAUUCGGCACCAUGUUCUUGGAACUAUCACCACUGACAAACUAUUGGAUGUUACUGUGACCAUUAAGUCUUCAAUUGACAGUGAACCUGCCUUGGUUUUAGGCCCCCUAAAGUCUGUUCAGGAACUCCGUAGGGAGCAACAAUUGGCUGAAAUUGAGACUCGUAGGCAGGAAAGAGAGAAGAAUGGCAAAGAAGAAGGAGGGACAAAACCUCCAGUACAAGAGAUGGUGGAUGACCUACAGGGUCCUUUCUUAUAUGACUUCUCUUAUUGGGCACGAUCUGGAGAGAAAAUCACCGUUACACCCUCAUCUAAAGAACUCCUUUUCUAUCCUCCUUCAGUGGAAAUAAUUGUCAGUGGAGAAAACUGUCCUGGAAAAUUGAUAGAGAUCUAUGGAAAAGCAGGCCUGUUCUUGGAAGGCCAGAUUCAUCCAGAGUUGGAAGGAGUUGAAAUAAUCAUUAGUGAAAAGGGAGCCACUUCUCCACUAAUAACAGUUUUCACUGAUGACAAAGGCAGCUAUAGUGUUGGACCCUUGCACAGUGAUCUGGAGUAUACUGUGACUUCACAAAAGGAAGGAUUUGUUUUGACUGCACUAGAGGGAACUGUUGGAGACUUCAAAGCUUUUGCAUUGGCAGGAGUAACUUUUGAGAUAAAAUCUGAAGAUGAUCAGCCACUUGCAGGAGUCCUUUUAUCCCUCAGUGGGGGGAUGUUCCGUUCCAAUCUUUUGACUCAAGACAAUGGGAUGCUGACUUUUUCAAACCUGAGCCCAGGGCAGUAUUACUUUAAGCCCAUGAUGAAGGAGUUUCGUUUUGAACCUUCCUCACAAAUGAUUGAAGUGCAAGAAGGGCAGAAUCUGAAGAUUGCCAUUACUGGUUACAGAACAGCUUAUAGUUGCUAUGGUACAGUUUCUUCUUUAAAUGGGGAACCAGAGCAAGGAGUUGCUGUGGAAGCAGUAGGAAAGGGUGAUUGUAGUAUUUAUGGGGAAGAUACCGCAACUGAUGAAGAGGGAAAAUUCAGACUUCGAGGAUUAUUGCCUGGGUGUGUGUACCAUGUCCAGCUCAAGGUAGAAGGUAAUGAACAUAUUGAAAGAGCCCUCCCCCAGUAUCGAGUAAUUGAGGUUGGUAAUUCUGAUAUUGAUGAUGUAAACAUUAUAGCUUUCCGGCAAAUUACCCAAUUUGAUUUAAGUGGAAAUGUGAUCACUUCCUCUGAAUAUCUUCCUUCAUUAUGGGUAAAACUUUACAAAAGUGAAAACCUUGACAAUCCAAUUCAGACAGUCUCUUUGGGCCAAUCUCUCUUCUUCCACUUUCCACCAUUACUUAGAGAUGGAGAGAAUUAUGUUGUAUUACUGGACUCUACACUAUCCAAAUCCCAGUAUGACUACACUCUGCCUCAGGUUUCUUUCACUGCCAUUGGAUAUCAUAAACACAUUACUUUGAUUUUUAAUCCUACAAGGAAAUUGCCUGAACAAGAUAUUGCCCAAGGAUCUUAUAUCGCAUUGCCCCUGACAUUGCUUCUGUUGCUAGCAGGCUAUAACCAUGAUAAGCUAAUUCCUUUGUUGUUGCAAUUGUCAAGCCGACUACAAGGAGUACGAGCUCUUGGACAAACUGCCUCUGACAUUGGUGCCCCAGAGGAGAUAAAGAGACAGGCAAAGAAGCAGAAGACUCGUCGGACGUGAAGAGAAAGACAUGUUACUUACACUCGGACCCAGGCCAGGCUGGAGGCUGGGGUGCUUUGGAAGCAAGGCCUCCUGCUGCACAGUGCAUUGGAUAAAAUGAUGGAUUACAGAAAAUUUCAGAUGAAUUUCUGUUGGUUCCACAUCCCCUUUCAGUGCAGCUGUACUUUUCUCUUUCAAUUCUCUUUGACCCUUUGCUGUUUUAAAAUUAAGAGUUACCUGAAUGGACCCCCUCUCACUCUGCUGAGCACAUAUUUUGGAAUUGAAGAUAAUUUAUUUUUUGCCAUGGAAAUAUUUUAAGCUCUGCUAGUGAUGUGAGAUUGUAACUCUUAUCUUCGGCAUUAUUUUGCAAGAGGAAUUCCAAUCCAAUAAACAAGAUUCUCAGUUUCUUUAA